AUGUCAUCUGAGGAAGGUACCGAUAAUUGGUCUGCAGAGGAGGCUGUGGAGAGUGUAAAGAAUCUAAGUGCCAGUGAAAUACAAUCGAGGAUCCGACUUUUGGAUGGUGAAAUUCGAUUAAUGAAAAGCGAAAGUAACCGUCUAAAACACGAAUUAAACCAGAUGAAUGAGAGGAUCAGAAGUAACACUGAAAAAAUAAAACUCAAUAAGCAACUUCCUUAUCUUGUUGCUAAUAUUGUUGAGUCAUUGGACUUUUCAGAUAAGCAAGAAAAUGAAGGUGAAGGUAUGGAAUUUGAUGGAGAUAAAAAUGAUAAAUGCAUGGUAAUAAAAACAUCGUCAAGACAAACCGUAUUUCUUCCCGUCAUUGGGUUAGUUCCAGAGAAUGAAUUAAAACCAGGUGAUCUCGUUGGGGUCAAUAAAGAUAGUUACUUGAUUCUUGAUAAAUUACCACCAGAAUAUGAUUCUAGAGUUAAAGCUAUGGAAGUUGAUGAAAGACCAAUGGAGGAGUAUUCUGAUAUUGGAGGAUUAGAUAAGCAAAUCCAGGAAUUAGUGGAGGCGGUCGUCUUGCCAAUGACCCACAAGGAAAGAUUUGAGAAAAUUGGUAUAAAACCUCCUAAGGGUGUAUUAAUGUAUGGGCCCCCAGGCACUGGAAAAACUCUUUUGGCUCGUGCAUGUGCAGCGCAAACUAAAGCAACAUUUCUGAAACUAGCAGGCCCGCAACUCGUGCAAAUGUUUAUUGGUGAUGGUGCAAAAAUGGUGAGAGAUGCGUUCGAGAUUGCACGUGAAAAAGCUCCUUCAAUAAUUUUUAUUGAUGAGCUUGAUGCAAUUGGUAUGAAGAGAUUUGAUAGUGAGCAUAGUGGUGAUAGGGAAGUACAAAGGACUAUGCUUGAACUACUCAACCAAUUAGACGGAUUCAGCUCAGAUGAUAGAGUUAAAGUUAUUGCUGCUACAAAUAGGCCAGAUACACUUGACCCAGCUCUCUUAAGAUCUGGAAGGCUUGACCGUAAGGUCGAACUACCGCAUCCAAAUGAAGAGGCAAGAUCCAGAAUACUUCAAAUUCAUAGUAGAAAGAUGAAUGUUGACUUAAACGACGUCAAUUUCCAAGAACUAUCAAGAUCAACAGAUGAUUUUAAUGGUGCUCAGCUUAAAGCAGUUUGCGUUGAAGCAGGAAUGACAGCACUCAGGAGAGGAGCAACAAUACUUUGCCAUGAAGAUUAUGUUGAAGGGAUAGCAGCAGUACUAGCAAAGAAAAAAUCCCCGCUUAGCUAUUUUUCGUAA